CAGCUCCGCAUUGCUUGCCUGUGGCUACUGAACAGAGUUAAUCUUGAAUUUACUUGUCUGUCAUCUUUUUUGUGUUUGUGUUCCUUUUCAGUGAAGCUGCAAUCUGCUGCUACCACGAGGGUUUGAGGGUUCGGACAUAUCGAGCGAAUGGUGAUGAUGAAGCUGUUGAGAGAUUGUUUCAAGAGCCAUAAGAGCAACAACCUGAACCUGAUGGUGCAAGAAAUGAAUCAGGAGGUCUGACGCCGAUUCGUAUUGCUUGAUGUAGUUUUCGGCCGUUGCGCAGAUGGAUACGCACAUGAUCCGCGUAAGAGAGUAAAGAGCGGAAAAAUCUGCCGAUUGACACAAGAGCGCGCGAAAAGGAUCAAACAAAAUGCCAGAAGCAGCGAGCGCGACUUGUAAGCCCACCGAUGUGUCGGCCUCUCCGACUCUCCGGGACAUGCAGAGCUUUCUCGAGCGCAUGCAGGAGGAGCAAUGCGCGCUUGCCUCUGGCGUUGAGGAUCGGGACGCUACGAGCGCUGGCGUCCGUGAUGGCCACGAUUUUCGUAAACUGGCAGACGGCGCUAAUGCGCAGCAAAAAAUUCCAGCUGCCGUUUUGGAUAAAACCAUCGACACGGACAAAAACGUCUGCAACACGAAGAGCGGAACAGCAGCAUCCCCGGAGAACAAGAAAGGAGUCAUCCAGUUCAUUUCUCCUUUGAAAGGCGGAGGUCUUAGUCGCAUUGGCGCUACUGUUGAAGACCAACAGGAGCAGAAAAAAUCAAACCCCGCUACUAGCAGAAGCACAAGCGAGCACUUCGCUGCCGAAGCCGGUGAGGACGACCGAGCCCGCCUGUAUUUGCACACUGAUCCUCUUGAUGCGACGACAGGAACAGGGCAUGAGCAUGACGAGGAUUUGGAUCAGCAGCGGCAGCAGCCCUUUGCGAGUUCUGCGCCAGAAGAGCAUCACCAGGUCAAAAAUCCAGCAAUGCUGCAAACUCAGACGCCGACCUACACCUCCGCCGAGAAGGGCAGCAUGUUGCAAAAGUUGAAACCGUCGGACCUGGGCUUGUCCGACAGCAAAGAGUCCGACGCGUUCCCCAGUCCGCCGCCCCCGCCGAUGUUCUCCCCGGCAGAACUGUACGGGAUGAGCGGAGCAAGCGGGAGUAAUUUCCAGGUUGGCACUGAUGGUGGUUCUUCAUCGUUUUCUUCGGCAUACAAUUCUUGUACGGCGGCGCUCAACUACAUCAGUAGUAAAAACUCCUCAAUCGCAUUGACUGCUGCGGACGCGGUCGGCGCGAAUUUGUUCAUGAAGGAACUGAAAUUGCCUCCUGGGCAGGAGAUGAUCUUCGCAGAGCAUGGCGAGCAAGACGCUUGUCCAUUUCCCUUGUCCAGCGAUGAACAUCAAAGCUGUCGCGCAAAACAGGAAACUGUAGUCGAACCCGAGCCCGACCAGUCAGUCGGUGCUCCAACAUCGAGUAUCAGCCAGAAUCCCACCUCCAUCAAGAAGAAAACCGCGAUCGAGCUAGAAUUCGAAGUUCACGAUCUGCAAGCGGAGCUGAGACAGGCCGAAACGUACAAUUUCGAGUACAAGAAGCGCAACGACGCAUUGCAUACCGAGUUAGAGGCGCUGAAAAAGGAGAAGCGGUUGCUGCUGGAGCACAGUUUGACCGCGUUGGGAAAGGACCAGGAGAUUUUCCACCGAGAAAACAGGCACCUCCACGAGCGGCUGCUGGAAGCGCAGGAUUGCAAGCUGCAUCUGCAGAAGGAAGUCCAGGAGAGCCAGAAAGUCGCCACCAUUCUGCAGCAAGACAACGAGCGCGUGAACGCGGAGAAUUCGUUCCUGCUGGAGAAAACGUCGUGCUUGGAGGAAAGACUGAAUGGUGCAGUGACGGAACUAGGUAAAGCGAAUUUGGAGAAGGAAAGACUGCAAAACCAAUUUGAUGCUUUAGAAGAGAAGCAAAAGACCUGCCUGAGCUUCGAGGACGAGAAAAACAUUCGGCAAGAACAGGCGGAGCUGAAGGAGCAAAACCGGAAUUUGAAGGACUUUGCCCUGGAUAUCCUGUGCAAGUAUCGUACUCGUAUUGCAGUCAUGCAUUACAAAUUUUUUUCUUAAGGUAAAUCCGCAUGACAAAUUUUAUUUCUACUCAUGCUGGGGAAAUUUGCAAUGCAUUUAUACGAGUGCGAUACUUUUGCAAUGCAUAUUGGAGUUGCAGCGACGAUUUGACGAACUGGAACUCUUGUGUGCAAGGCAAUCAAAGGCGUGCGAAUCCUUGAAAGAAGAAACCGCAACUCUAGUGCAAGAAAAGCAAGACUUGGCACAGCAACUGCAAAUCUGGAAAACCAGCAGCGAAUUUUACAAAAAGAAAUGCGGUGGAGAAAUCAAGAAAUCAUUCAUUUGGCGAGGAGGUGGGCGUUGCGGCGCACUGGCUAGGUAG